AUACUUUAAAAAAGGAAGAAAAAAUAAUGCUCCUCAAGUUUCUGCAGAGCAUUAAGAUGCCUGAUGGCUAUGCUUCACACAUUAAGCGAUGUGUAGUCCUCGAUCGGUGCAAGAUUAGUGGACUCAAAACUCAUGAUUGUCAUGUUAUAUUUCAGAAACUUCUUCCUAUUGCAUUGUGCAAGCUUUUGCCAGAGAAUGUUGUAAACCCAUUGCUUCAGCUGAGUAAAUUCUUUUCUGAUUUAUGCUCCAAGGAGUUAAGGGAUGAACAUUUGGAGAGGUUGAGCAAAACAAUUCCAGAAACUCUAUGUCAGCUUGAGAUGAUCUUUCCACCAGCAUUCUUUGAUAUUAUGAUGCAUCUCCCAAUUCAUCUUGCUGAAGAGGCCCGAUUGGGAGGGCCUGUCCUGUACAGAUGGAUGUAUCCAAUUGAGCGAUACUUGCGUACGCUCAAAGGAUAUGUGCGUAACAAGGCUCAACCAGAAGGUUCUAUUGCAGAGGGGUACAUACUUGAAGAGUGCAUGACUUUUUGCAGUCGAUUCGUUGAUGGAAUGCCUACCAAGCUAAGUCAGUCCGAACGUCAUGAAGACGGAGGUACAGAUCAACCAUCAACAGGAAUUAGCAUCAUGAGUAUAGUUGAUUACUCCAAGAAAGGUUUUGUUUGUGAAUCAUUGUCUUUGGUUGAGAUUAAUCAAAUGAGGCAUUUCAUAAUAACAAACUAUGAGGAAACCGCGCCAUGGAUUGAUGAACAUCUUGAGGAGCUGACAAGUAAAAAUUCUCCUAAUCCUGAAAGGCAGCACAAGGAAGAGUUUGUUGGCUGGUUUGAGAGACGGAUCACAGAACUCCACAAUGAUGGGAAGGUCAGCAAUCUUAUUUAUGCGCUAGCUAAAGGACCUGAUCAUCUAGCCCGUGUAUACAAUCGUACAGUUCUGAAUGGAUAUUUCUUUCGGAAUUCCUAUAUCGAGCAGGACUUGAGUACCCAAAAUAGUGGCGUCAUAGUCAAGGGCGAUGCAACCACAGGCAAUAUUGAUUAUUAUGGGGUGAUCAAGAAAAUCAUAUUUCUUGACUUUCCUCCUGAUAAGGAGGUUGUUCUAUUCCAGUGUGACUGGUUUGAUGUGCCUCCUGCCAACAUAACUGAGAGUAAGGGGUAUAAGAAAAACAAAUAUGGAAUUAUUUACCUUGACACUACUCUACACCGAUUCCAGGGAGACCCUUACAUUCUAGGCCUCCAAGCUCAACAGGUUUUCUAUGUGAGAGAUGUGAAGAACCCUGAUUGGGCAACUGUUAUUAAAAUGAAUCCACGCAAUUUGUUUGCUCCUUCUGUUUUAAAUGGUGUAGGCCUUGAUGAAGCUGUUGAAGCCGAUGAAGGUGGUGACGCAGACGUACUGGAUGUCGUCGAUGCGGAAAUUACAGUGCCAGAAAUUACAAUACCUGGAGAGAUCACUAGUUGGUGCAGAAAUGAUGACGAAGGAUCCAGCAUUGAUGUUUCAGUCAUAGAAAAUAUAAAACCUUUUGAGUUUGAAGAUGUCCAGUUCGAAUCUGAUGAUGAUACGGAUGAUGAUGAGGCUUACGUAAAUGAUGGCCAUGUUGCUCCUUUGGGACAAGAAGAAUCAAAUGAUGACCAGGGGUUCUUUGUAUAGUUUUUAAUCUCUUGGUAAGGUGCUUUUCACAUGUUUAAGCCAUGAAUAUAAGUCCUUGAACUUUUUUUAUGGUCACCUACGAGUAGUUUCUCUCCUGAAGUUUAAUCUAAUGUGAAACAGGUUCAAACAAGGCACCCCCUGCAUAGUGUCAUCGGUUGUUGCAAAUGAGAACAAAAGCUAGUGCCUAGCACUAAUAGUUUGGUGAUGAAGAGAAGAGAAGAGUAGUUGAUGUUCUUUUAGUGAUGUUGCUAUUUUGACAGUGAUGCUAUGUACACAUUGUUGCUAUGAACUUGUGGUUUUUAGUGUUGUCACUAUUUUCAUUACUUUGCCAUCAACUUAUGGUCUUUUGUGUGAACAAGUAUGGCUGCUGAAACUUGUGUGCUUUCAUGUUGAAACUUGUGUUAUAUAUCUCGCUAAGAUGGUUUGUUAUAUCCUACUAAAAUGUUGUGUCUAUAUAUAGUUCUUAAAACUGCAUAUGUUUUCCUACUGCAGGUGCCACUUGUUGUCACAAUUGCAAAGGGACGGUGCAUGUAUGCAUAUUUUAACUCUCAUGAGUACUUGUAGAAGGAGAAUUGUACAAUGCUGAAAGAUGUUAUUUGCAUAUGCAAAGUGGGAUCAUAUCUUUUGAAUGAUUCCAUUAGAAUGAGGUUACUCCUUGACGAACUCGAACUUGAAUCAUUUUCUUUUUUUAUCAUGGUUGGAGAUGUGGUGUAGCAUGAACAGAAGCUAAUGGACGUGUCAGCGAGCCCCGAGGGAGAUGCCCCCUGCAACAUGAAGAACACCAUCUGGACAAAGGGGAGGUACACAGAUGGCCAAGGAUGAAAGGAGGCGUGCAAGUCCGUGUUUCACAGUUAUCUCUUUCAGCACCAGCGAUUAAAUGUGCUUUGUUAGUUCUAGAG